GUUACAUAAACCCAAGGUUACCUACCUAGACCUACCUGGUACCUACCUCCUACGUACCUCCUAAGGUAUCAUCAUAAGGUGCCCAGGUGAUAGGUAACUGCUGAGCUCUAAACAAUAUUUACUCCAAGGUAUGGAAGGUACCUCCUAAGGUUUUUACAAAAGUCACCGUCUCUUCUCAGUCCGGUCCAUCUUUGUACACUCCAACCAACUAGCAAUCCGCAUUGUUACAUUAUAAAGGCCAUCAUCAACAAACCCAUUUUCCAUUUUCCCUUUACCAUAUCAAGGAUCUCAUUAUAUACCUCCUACGAUGUCAUAUCCAUUGUGCCUUAUAAGCAAGAUUCGGGCUUUGUUUUACCCUCUCUAGUACUUAACAGCCAGGACUGCAAUUAUCAGAUACUACCUAGGUAGGUAGGAGAUCAACUGCGACCAUCACCCCGAUUAAACAGCGCCUAGCAUUCUUUGCGGUCUCAGAUAAACGCAUCGGUCGUGAAUCUGAUCCCGGACGAAUUCGAAUCUUCCGUCUGCCGGCUGAAAACUUGUCUCGUAAGUCUGAUCGUUCGUAUGCUCCAGCCUCUGGUCGGUCUUCCCGUCAUCUUUACACAAAGUACAAGUAUCAUCACAAGGCACGCAUCGACAUGGCUUCCGAAGUAACUGCAGAUGGUAUAAUCCUUAGAGUUCCUACUGGAGAUGGUCAGCACUGCUCGAGGUUUGACAUCGUGUAUUCAUGUGGCCAUCCUGUCCUUGAAACACAUUGCGGUCAUAUCCGUGACAAGGUCAUCAGCAUCAAGCGCAACAACCAUAGUGGUCCCUGCUGGGCUCGGCGCUGUGUCCUCGAAACGUAUACUCAUUCAAUGCCUGACAAGUGUCAUCGUUGCGAGAUGUAUGACCUCAAUUGUGAAGGCAUACGGCCAUGAAUUACUUCCCAGUCCCCAUCUGGCCCCUCACUGAUUCUUAGUCGAUUCCUGGUGGUGAAGCAACCGUCAAUAGGUAGACAGCUACUUUACGUCCAGUGGCCUGAGUAGCAAGCAAAGCGCGGCCUUGGUAUUACGGCCUAGUCUCGUCUAUUCUUACUUAAAGGGGUGUAUUGAAACUAGGCCACACCACCUAUAUAUCUAAUUAAUAAGCUUAGAAACAUCUAGUACACAACAUUAUUCACUUUUGCGGCGUUCACGAUUAUGUGACCAACUCCCCACCUUCGCAAACUACAUAAGCUAA